UCCAUUCUUUUGCAAAUAUUCGAAUUGAAUAGACGUGUUAUCGUGUUGUUCGGUGUGGUGUAAAUUUACUCGCCUUCCGUCUCACUUAAGUGCGUUUUUCCCGUUCGACACAAACUACUUAAUUACCAGUGCGAAAUCACCUAAGUUUGGAAAUUCUAAAUAUUUCAAAAUGCCUAAAAUUCAAAAGCCCGCUCCCCAUUUCAAGGGAACCGCCGUUAUUAAUGGCGCUUUCAAAGAUAUCGACUUGAGUGACUACAAAGGCAAGUACUUGGUGCUCUUCUUUUACCCAUUGGACUUUACCUUUGUCUGCCCCACCGAAAUUAUUGCCUUCUCGGAUCGUGUUGCUGAGUUCCGCAAUAUUGGCUGUGAAGUUGUGGCUUGCUCUACAGACAGUCAUUUUACGCAUUUAGCUUGGAUAAACACACCCCGCAAGCAGGGCGGUCUUGGCGAUUUGUCGAUUCCGCUAUUGGCUGACAAAUCGAUGAAGAUUGCACGUGACUACGGUGUGCUGGACGAAGAAACCGGCAUUCCAUUCCGUGGUCUAUUUGUCAUUGACAAAAGCCAGAAUUUGCGCCAAGUCACCAUCAACGAUUUGCCAGUUGGUCGCAGUGUAGAUGAAACUUUGCGUUUGGUGCAGGCCUUCCAAUUCACCGACGAACACGGUGAAGUAUGCCCAGCUAACUGGAAGCCCGGUGCUAAGACCAUGGUCGCUGAUCCUAAGAAGUCUAAAGAGUACUUUGCGCUUGCCUCUUAAGUGCAUCGUAAUUGGUAAUUACAACAGUAAAGCGGAUUUGCUCAAAAAACACAAAUUUAAUAUCAAAAUCAAGACAGAAGUAAUUCAACUACUGGUUGUAUUAGUAACAGCGCUGGAAGUUAUUCGCAUAAGAAAAUCAUACAAAAUAAUUUGAUUCGAAUUAAUAUCGCAAGCCGCGUAAAAUCAGCAUUAAACAAACAACAAAAGCACUUAAAAUGUGUUAUAUGAGGCACCCUUUUUUUUAUUAGCUCGUAGUUCUACAAGUUGUAGAUUUGUAUUGUACGUUUUUGUUAUUUACUCAGAUAAUUAACGCUGAAGUAAUAUUCAUUUGAAAUUAAAUAAUAAAUGUAGCUGUAGAGCAAAUACUAUAGAAAUUAAUGGAAGAAUGAUUGUAAGUGCUGUGCUCUAAGUUAUUUUCCAACAAAUACAAAUCCGCAACAAAAUAAAAAAAGUUUAACAAAUAAAAA